AUGAGUAUCAAGUCAAUCCCACAACCUGUAGAGCUAAAGGCUGGCAAGGCCAAGUUGGAGAACAAGAUGUUGGUUUCUGAUACAAGGAAGGGUACACUAAAGUUCAGUAUACAAGAUGAACUCAUCCUCGUACAAUGGUUCAUUAGAGGAGAGAAGAACGCAGAAGAUGAAUACUAUAUCGUUCCUGGUGAGCUAGUUUUCAAGAAGAUCACUGCCUGCAAGGAUGGCAGAAUGUACUAUCUCUAUCUCAAUACAUCAGACACCAAAGAGUUCUUCUGGUUCCAAGAGGAGAACCCAGAUGAUGAUGUAAAGAUUGAAAAGUCUAUCGAUCUGAUAGUCAAGUAUAACCCUGAUGAAAUCACUGAACCAACUCCAGCUACUCCAACACCUGUAACUACAACAACGACAACGACACCAGCCACUACACAACCAACUUCAUCUCAAUCUCGACCAUCUGGAACAAGCAGCACCAAUCCACAAGCUGGCAUGUCAGAGUUCUACAACUUCCUUUCAAACUACAAGCCAGCUGCCAAGAGCAAGCUGACUCUGUUGGGAGUGUUGUCACCAGAGAACCUGGCGCCACUCAUGAAGAACGAGGAGAUACAGAAGGAACUCGCUGAGUACUUGCCCGAGAGCAACAGGAGCAGCUCAGACAUCAUGCACCUGCUUCACACUCCACAGUUUGCCCAGGCAAUCGAGCAACUCAACUAUGCCAUCCACGAGGGACAUGGCAGCGACAUUGUUGCACAGCUUGGAUGCGAGCCAUCGAUGGCCGCAUUGUCUGGCGUCGAGGGAUUCCUCAAUUGUCUACAAGAAGGUGUUGACAAGCAAAAGAAGGCAAAGGAUACGCAGCAGCAACCAAAG